AUGAAACCAUCCCCUAAGAUCCUAAUUGGUCACAAGAAUUCAUCGUUUCUUGCAAGAUGCCACCAUACUCUGAUCAUGUCUAUGUCCAAUAACUCCACCGCCUGUGGCCUCAAUCUCCAUCUCAACACCAUGCAGUGCCCUUUUCACGUGCGGGAAUUUGGACGCAUAAUGCAUGGAAGUCAACAAGUUUUCGGGCUGCUCUCUUCGAGUUUUGGCCAAUCAAGUUCCAUCGGUUUAAGCGCAACGAGAACCACAAAACGGGGUGUGUCUGCCAUUGCCGGGAUAGACUUCAAAUUCAAGUCUCGUGACUUCUCAAGCUCCGUGGAGACAUGUGAGAACAUUAAUGGUAAAAUGGUUUACCUAAAGGAUGGCAUGAAUGUGAAGCCAAUAGCGGAGGAAAGGGUUGACAAUGACGAGGAUAGUGUUGGAGGAGAGGAAGUGUCUGGUUUAGAAGCUGAUGAGAAAAAUAACAAGAGUGAGAAUGAACAAGAGGGUGGGAAGGUAGAGGAGGAGGAGACAGAAGUGGAGAAAGAGGCAUGGAGUUUAUUGCAAGAGGCACUCGUGACAUACUGUGAUAACCCUGUGGGGACCGUGGCAGCGAAUGAUUCGGAAGAUCAACAACCUUUGAAUUAUGAUCAGGUUUUUAUAAGGGAUUUUAUCCCUUCGGCUCUUGCUUUCUUGCUCAAGGGAGAAAAGGAGAUUGUCAGGAACUUUCUCCUUUACACCUUGCAACUCCAGAGUUGGGAGAAAACAGUGGACUGCCAUAGCCCAGGGCAGGGCCUGAUGCCUGCUAGUUUCAAAGUUAAAACUAUGAAAGUUGAAGGAAAAAGUGAAGAAGUUUUAGAUCCUGAUUUUGGGGAAUCAGCUAUAGGUCGUGUUGCUCCUGUAGAUUCAGGAUUGUGGUGGAUCAUCCUGCUGCAGGCUUAUGGUAAGAUUACUGGGGACUGCAGCUUGCAAGAAAGGUUGGAUGUUCAAACAGGCCUAAAAAUGAUCCUUAAUCUGUGCUUAACGGAUGGCUUUGAUAUGUUUCCUUCUCUGUUAGUAACUGAUGGAUCUUGCAUGAUAGACAGGAGGAUGGGUAUUCAUGGCCACCCCCUUGAGAUUCAGGCCUUGUUUUACUCAGCUCUUCGCUCGGCCCGUGAGAUGGUUGCUUCAGAUGAAAAUUCCAAGAAUCUGGUUGGAGAAAUUAACAACAGACUCAGUGCACUAUCAUUUCACAUUAGAGAAUACUAUUGGUUGGAUGUGAAAAAGAUGAAUGAGAUAUACAGGUACAAAACAGAAGAGUACUCAUUGGAUGCCACAAACAAGUUCAACAUCUAUCCAGAUCAAAUCCCUUUGUGGCUAAUUGAUUGGGUUCCAACCAACGGAGGAUAUCUGUUAGGGAAUCUGCAGCCAGCUCAUAUGGAUUUCAGGUUUUUCAUGCUUGGAAAUCUUUGGUCAAUCGUUUCCUCUUUGGGCACCCCAGAACAAAAUAAUUCUAUUUUGAAUCUGAUAGAAGCAAAUUGGGAUGAUCUCGUGGGGGAAAUGCCUCUUAAGAUAUGUUAUCCUGCCUUGGAGCAUCAUGAGUGGCGAAUAAUUACAGGCUCUGACCCCAAGAAUACCCCUUGGUCAUAUCAUAAUGGUGGGUCCUGGCCAACCCUUCUGUGGCAGUUCACACUUGCAUGCAUGAAAAUGAAUAGAACUGAACUGGCAGAGAAAGCAGUUGCUUUGGCUGAGAAAAGACUGCCCCGUGAUUCUUGGCCAGAAUAUUAUGACACACCCAAUGCAAAAUUUAUUGGCAAACAAGCCCGGCUUUAUCAAACUUGGACUUUAGCUGGGUUCCUUGCAUCUAAGAUGCUUUUGAAGAAUCCUAAUUUGGCUUCCUUGUUAUGGUGGGAUGAGGAUUUUGAGAUCCUUGAGAAUUGUAUUUGUUUGCUUCACAAGAGUGGCAGAGUCAAAUCCUCUCGUGUCCCUGACAAAUCUCAGAUUCUCGUGUGAUGAGAGGCCUUCUAUACAAUAAAAGGUCUAGGGUAUGGUAUG